AAUACUAAAUCCUGAAGGUCCCCACGAGUCAGAAGCACGGCACAUGUGACCGUGAUCGCUCCCAGACGAUCGGGGGUGGGGGCACAUCAGGCACCCGGCCAAGACAAGCCACGCCGGGCUCAUUACGUCGACUUGCCAACCGAGCAUGAAACCCAGCACCAGCAGCACGAGCAGACCUCCCAGCCCCGUUCCACCUGCUUUCCUUCACCACAACUCCAAGCUGUGGUGUGCUGGUAUCGAUUCCCUUUCUUCAAUCCACCUCUAUCUCCUUGAUCACAACCGCCUCGAUUAGUGAUCUGAUCUGGUAUCAUUUCUCCUCCCUACCUACGAGCAAUCGUCAUCAUGAAGCUCCUCGCCUCAACCGUCCUGUUGGGCGCCGCAUCGGCGGCUAUGACGAACCAACAACACAUUCUCAGCAAUCCGUUCAAGGGACAGACCCCAUUGAAGGAGGCUGCCAAGCCUGUCUCUGAUAAAUGGGCAGAGUCGUUGCAGCAUCUGACGGAGUCGAUGAGGAACAUCCCGGCAGAGGCGAAAGCUCUCUGGGAUGAGGUCGCCAUGAUGUUCCCAGAAGCGAUGGAUAAGGCGAGCUUCUUCUCUCCACCGAAACCGCAUACCCGAAAGCCGGACAGCACAUGGGACUAUAUUGUCAAGGGUGCUGAUGUCCAGAGCGUCUGGAUCGAGAACGAGAAGGGCGAGAAGGAAAGGGAGAUUGAUGGCAAGCUAGAGACAUACAAUCUGAGGGCCAAGAAGGUUGAUCCUUCAAAGCUUGGGGUUGAUAACGUCAAGCAAUACAGUGGUUAUCUUGAUGACGAGGAGAACGACAAGCACCUGUUCUACUGGUUCUUUGAAUCACGGAAUGACCCCAAGAACGACCCAGUCAUCCUCUGGCUCAAUGGAGGGCCUGGCUGCUCUUCACUCACUGGUCUCUUCCUUGAACUUGGCCCAUCAUCGAUCGAUUCGAAGCUGAAGCUUCACGACAACCCAUACUCCUGGAAUGCAAACGCUUCAGUGAUCUUCCUCGAUCAACCCGUCAAUGUCGGCUACUCUUACAGUGGUAGCUCUGUCAGCAACACCAUCGCAGCUGGCAAGGACGUCUACGCACUUCUCACUCUCUUUUUCAAGCAAUUCCCAGAAUACGCGAAGCAGGACUUCCACAUUGCCGGGGAAUCUUAUGCAGGUCACUACAUUCCUGUUUUCACUUCAGAGAUUCUGUCACACAAGAAGCGCAACAUCAACUUAAAGUCGGUCUUGAUCGGCAACGGUCUUACUGAUGGAUAUACCCAAUAUGAGCACUAUAGACCAAUGGCAUGCGGAAAGGGCGGAUACCCAGCUGUUCUUGACGAGGGCGAAUGCCAAGCUAUGGAUAAUGCUCUCCCUCGGUGCCAAAGCCUGAUCCAGAACUGCUACGAUAGCGAAAGCGUCUGGUCCUGUGUUCCGGCUAGUAUUUAUUGCAAUAAUGCUUUCAUCGGUCCAUACCAGAGAACUGGCCAGAACGUUUAUGAUAUCCGUGGCAAGUGCGAGGAUUCCAGCAACCUCUGCUAUUCGGCUCUUGGUUAUAUCAGCGAAUAUUUGAACAAGAAAGAAGUCCAACAAGAGCUAGGCGUUGAAGUCAGCAGCUACGACAGCUGCAACUUUGAUAUCAACAGAAACUUCCUGUUUCAAGGUGACUGGAUGCAACCGUUCCACCGCCUUGUGCCAGGCAUUCUCGAGCAGAUCCCAGUCUUGAUCUAUGCUGGUGAUGCUGACUUCAUCUGCAACUGGCUCGGAAACCAAGCCUGGACUGAGGCUCUCGAGUGGCCUGGUCAGAAGGACUUCAACAAGGCCAGCAUCAAGGACAUCAAGCUUGAUAACGGUGACAAGUAUGGAAAGAUUAAGAACAGCGGAAACUUCACCUUCCUCCAGAUCUUUGGUGCAGGUCACAUGGUACCUAUGGAUCAACCUGAAGCCUCCCUGGACUUCCUUAAUCGAUGGGUUGGCGGGGAAUGGUUCUAGAUGCACAAUCGAUUGCUAAGAUAUGACAUUAAGAGAGGGGAUUUUAAAUGACUCCAGGCCUUACGAGCUAGGAAGAUGAUACGGCGCAAAGGCUUUUCUUUCUGUUGGCCAGAUGUAAACUCCAAUAAAUCAACAAACAUGAUGCUUUUACUGAA